AUGGGCUCCAUCAAGAAGCCCACCACCCACCCACGAGCUGCUGGAAGAGCCCCACCUACAGAUCCUCCAGCUGACCCACUGACACUCCCGGCACCUCCAGUGCCUCAACCACACACACCCACUCUGUGGCUACCUGUGCACCCUCCUGUAGGUGGCAGUGAGGAUGAGGUUUGGAAGAUGGCAAGAAAUUUGCAAAAUUCUGUUGUUUCCUACACUGAUACCAAAAAGCUGCUAAGAAAUAUGAUGGACGAGCAACAAACUUCCUUGGAUUAUUUAUCCAAUCAGGUUAACGAGCUCAUGAACCGGGUUCUCCUUCUGACCACAGAAGUUUUCAGAAGGCACCUGGAUCCUUUUCCCCACAGGCCGGUUCAGUCACAUGGUUUAGAUUGUACUGAUAUUAAAGGUACCAUUGGCUCUGUCACCAAAACACCAAGUGGUUUAUAUAUAAUCUACCCAGAAGGAUCUAGUUACCCGUUUGAGGUAAUGUGUGACAUGGAUUACCGAGGAGGUGGAUGGACCAUGAUACAGAAGAGGGUUGACGGGGUCAUUGAUUUCCAAAGGCUGUGGUGUGAUUAUCUGGACGGACUUGGCGACCUUUUAGGCGAAUUUUGGCUAGGACUAAAAAAGAUUUUUUAUAUAGUAAAUCAGAAAAAUACCAGUUUUAUGCUGUAUAUUGCAUUGGAAUCUGAAGAUGACACAUUUGCUUAUGCAUCAUAUGAUAACUUUUGGCUAGAAGAUGAAAAAAGAUUUUUUAAGAUGCACUUAGGACAGUAUUCAGGAAAUGCUGGUGAUGCUUUCCGGGGCUUCAGAAAAGAAGAAAACCAAAACGCAAUGCCUUUCAGCACAUCAGAUGUGGAUAAUGAUGGGUGUCGCCCCGCAUGCCUAGUCCGGGGUCAGUCCAUGAAAAGCUGUAGUCACCUGAGUAACAACACAGGCUGGUGGUUCAACCAGUGUGGUCUAGUGAACCUAAACGGCAUUCAUCACUUCCCUGGAAAAUUGCUUGCAACUGGAAUCCAGUGGGGCACAUGGACCAAAAACAACUCACCUAUCAGGAUUAAAUCUGUUUCAAUGAAGAUUAGAAGUAUUUACAAUCCAUAUUUUAAGUAA